AUGAAGUUCACUAUCUCUGCCGUGCUUGCCCUGGCUGCUUCCGCCACCGCCAUGUCUCUCUCUGAGUCCCUCGCCCUUGGUGAGGCUAAGGACCAGUGCACCACUGGCGACAUCUCCUGCUGUGAUUCCAAGGAGACCCUGUCUGGCGAUGGUAUUCUCGGUAACCUCCUCGCCAAGGGUGCCCUGAACGGCCUUCUCGGAAACGACGAUGCCGCCUGUGCCAAGACCAGCGUGCUUGACGACCUCAACGUCCUUUCUCAAACCAAGGACACCGACUCUGGUCCUUCUUGCAAGAACAUCAUUGCAUGCUGCCCCGAGGGCAACGGCAAGUGCACUGCCAUCGACAACUCUUAG